AUGGCUCCCAGGAAGGGCCGCAAAGACGCCUUCAAGAACGCAGUCUCCGGUGGCAAGGCAGCUUACGGACGUGUAUUGAAGAUAGAGCGUAUCACCCGGAGCCAGGCUCGCGCUCAACAGGAGCAAGCUCAGAAGCUACAACAAGCGCUUCAGCAGGAACAAGCCCUCUUACAGCAACGAGGCCUUCUCCAGCAGCAAGGAUUUUUCCAGGAUCAGGCUUUCCUCCAGCAACAAGGUCGUCAACAUGAAGAAGCCCUUCAACGACAUUUGGCGGCAGAAGCUGCUCGGUCGCGAACCACCUUCUUCGACCUACCGCGAGAGCUCCGCGACAUGGUCUACGACGAGAUCUUGGAAGACUUCAAGCACGUCAAGCCGUGGUCCUCUCGGUGGGACCGGAAGAAGGUGAUGCCGCCCUUUCUGGGCGUCAACAAGCAGCUCCACGACGAGACUAGGGAAGCUCCGAAGUGGCAGACCAUUAGCUGCCAGUGGGAGAUUGAGCGGGAGAUCCAGCCUGCCCCUGAACCUCAAGAGGAGGACACCGCCAUGGAGAGCGAAGAGGAACUCGACUAUGAGGAGCGACCACGCCCUCACCAAGACGGUCUCCGCCUGCCGUGCUACAACGUCAUGGACCAUCAGCUCACUGCUACGGAGCGCCAUGCCCUCACACACCUCGCCCAUAUGCGAGUUCUCCUUGAACCACAGGGUGGCAAUGCGGAGGCUCGCUCAAAGUUUUUCCAGAGCCUGAAGACUUCCGUGGAAGUCUGGACUGACGCCUCCACCCAACCUCAGUGGGCCGACCGAACCCGUGAUUUCAAUGUCGUCAUGAAUGACUGUUUGAUCUUCAUUAACCAAACCCGUAGGAUGCAAUUGUGGGCUCGGCCCCGCGUCGACCGCACUGUUCGUGCAGAGGAGGACUUGGAGAAGCUUCGUGGUAUCAUCGAGAUGAUGAAAGCGGAUAAGCGGACGCGGUGGGUGAUUGCAGUUGAGGAUGUUGAUCACGAGUGGCAUCUGCUAGAUGAGUGGGAGGCCUUCAAGGCAGCCUCCGUGAGCACGGAGAACUUCGAUUUGAGGAUUGGCGACGAGGCGUGCCAGGAGUGUGAGAAGGAGGAGGCGGAGGACUGGUACACGGAGAGCGUUAUGAAGCAGGUGCGGCAGAUUCGUCGCCUUACCCAGGACGAGGAAGAUGACGAGAGCGACGGGGAAGAUGAUGAGAGCGAAGAGGAAGAGGUCGGUGACGAAGAUGAAGAUGAUGCCGGCUUCAAGGACGAUGGGGGCGAAAAGAAGGAGGGCGGGGCCGAUGCCGAAGAUGAAGAGAUGCCUGACUCUGAAGAGGAGUAGGAGAAGCAAUGUGACUGACCUCGGGGCG